UACGCGAACGAAUGCUGAAGAAGGAAAGAGAAAGAGAGAGAGAGAGAGAGCGAGAGAGAGAGAGAGGGAGAAAGAGAGUAAGUGAGUGAGUGAGUGAGUGAGAAAGAGAACGGUGAGGAAAAGAGAGAAGAAGAGGUUGAAAGAUAGGCGUCGCCGUCGUACUUAUUUUUCAAACGUGUGUAUAUAACGUAUCGUUUUUCGUGACUGGUUCUCUCGUGUUCCUCGUCGCGACGACGACGACGGCAACGACGACGACGACGACGACAACAACGACAACAACAACAACAGCAAUAACAACAACAACAAUAACAAUAAUAACAGAAAGAAAAAUGUUCUCAUAUCAUUUUUGAUCGACCUUUAGAGAUCGACGACUACUUUUAACUACGUUGUUACUGGCGUUGCUGUUUCUCGCGGUGAUGGACAUGGCGGGUAUCGACGUACAUCGUGUCCCCAAAUGCACCUGCGAGGAUAAAAAUAAGGAAAAUGUAUUUGAACAAGUGGAAUCGACGAGACGUCGUUUAGAUACUCGCACGAGUACAUCAACAAUAAUAACAACGACGAUUCCGACGCCGACACCGACGAUGACGACGAUGACUACGACGACGAUGACGAUGACGACGACGACGACGACGACGGUAUCGAGAAAUUAUCGGCCACGUGGAAGUUUGGCUAGAGUUCUCUACGAUAAACAAAGAGCCGACGAAAGAUUAGAAGCAUAUGACAAAAGACAGUGGUACACGGUAGACACCAGCAAGAUACGAGACGAUUUGCUAAAGCUAUGGGUUCCUCUGGGUGCGGGUCCCUGCCGGGACCAGCCGGAUAAAGCCACUGAGAUUUUCUUGAUGAGAUCCACCGAGAGGUCUGACUCUUUGCCACUGCAAGCCUGGCAUUCGUUGGCGAGAUCGGCCCUCUCUUGGUUCAUCAGUCGCACCUCCAUCAAUGGAUUAUUAGGUCGAGGUUCAAUGCACGUCUUCUCCAGCGAGCAAUUCGAAAAAUUGAUGGAAGCUAGUGGGUUCAAAGGUCCUUGGAAUUCACUGGUUGAUUUGGGAGCUGGCGAUGGUGCUACCACCGCACACGUGGCUCAUUUAUUCGAUAGAGUAUACGCUACAGAUAUUUCGCCGCCUAUGAGAUGGGCAUUGUCCAAACGAAAAUUCACAGUAUUGGACGUCGAUAAAUGGCACGAGGAAGCUGGUCCUUUCGACGUGAUACUUUGCUUGAAUUUGCUCGAUCGUUGCGAUCGUCCAAACAGUUUGUUAAGACAAUUCAGAAGGUCCUUGACGGGAGGAGGUCGACUGGUGGUAGCCCUGGUAUUACCCUUCAGUCCAUACGUCGAAGUAGGUGAGAGAGGUGAUCACAAACCGUCGGAGUAUCUGCCAGUUAAAGGAAACGGACUGGAAGGUCAGAUUGCUGGCCUAGUCGACAGAGUCUUCGCACCGUUGGGUCUAAGAUGUUUAGCAUGGAGCAAGCUACCUUAUCUAUGCGAGGGCGACCUGGGUCAGGCUUAUUACUUUCUCGACGACGUCAUCUUCGUCCUGGAGGCAGUACCAGAUACGGUGUUGUACAACGAAUACGAGGAUUACGUUAAGGAGAUGGCACAAGAUGAAACGAGGAUUGGCCUAACCGUAGUAUGACCGGGAACGUACAAACAGGAAAUAUCGAUCUAUGGAUCUGGAUAACUUUAUAAAGCUCACAAUUGGUAUAAUAGGUGGUGGUAUAAUACUUCUCAGAGAUUGUACAAGCUGUAUCGUAUCGACCAAAGCUGCGCCCGAUUAAUAAUACCAAUUAAUCAAUGCAACGAUAAACAACACAAUGAAAGAACAAAAAAUAUGCCGAUGUGGAAUAUUUAAAGAUGGACGGCUCGGUGGACGUUGUAUAUUCAUUUGGUUCCCACCACCUCUCAUUUCUGACAUGUCUGCACCGGUUCCAAUGGGGUAUCCAGAACCUCCACCCGGUGGACCCAUCUCUGUUUGCAUACCUUUGGCGACAAUAUUUUUCAUAGUUUCUGCCAAGUCCAUUCUAUAUACAAAAUAAAUUCAAUAUAAGAGGUCAUGAUAUAAUUAAGAGAAACAAUGUGUUUAAUUCAAUUCUUGAAUAUUCUUGCAUGCAUACUUUUGUGUAAGAUGAUCAAAGUAAGAAAAAUUGUAUGAGGGCAGAGAAAAGGGAAAAAAAAAG